AUGGGAAGCAUUCGGGACGAACCAAGGCGCCCACCGUCUUUGAGGAUACAUCCACCUUUGGCCAACUCGGCCACACCAUGGGCGACGACGUUGAAGGAUCUCAACCGGCUCUACAGCUGUCCCCAUACAGGCGCAGUGACUACAAGAACCUCUCUUAUCCAUGGCUUUCCUCACGACCCAGAGGUACACCAGCACGCUCUUUAUGAUACUGUUGCCGUGUCUGGGGCUCUUCCUAAGGGAACAAGCAAUGCGAGCUUCAACUCACUUGGCUACAGUCCUCUGCUCCUGUCAGAGUACCUAAACUUUAUUGAAAUCAUCUCUUUGCAGCAAAAGGAGCUCUCCGCGAACGGUGAACCAGGGUCUAGGAGCAAAACCUUUAUCAUAUCUGUGACCGGGACACCACAAGAAAUCGUCGAGUGUUACCACAUGGUCUCUGCAACACAAGCCCAGGUUGACAUCCCUUUGGCCCUCGAGUUGAACCUUUCUUGCCCAAACAUCCCGGGAAAGCCACCACCAGCAUAUGACGGGCCUUCGCUCCUCGAGUACAUCACUUGGCUAUCCGACCUCGGUCCGACGGGCCCGGUGAUAGCCGUGGGCAUCAAGACACCUCCGUAUACACACUCCACCCAGUAUGAGACGCUGAUCAGUGCUCUGAUUGCCGGAUCGCCCACAGGGCUCUGUCCCAUCAGCUUCAUCACCUCUACCAACACGCUCGGGUCUUGCCUCAUGUUGACCUCGCUUGAUGCGCAAAAGGGCCAAGGGCAGCAGCUGCAGAAGAAAGUCCUGCCGGGCAACGGGUUGGGCGGCAUGGCCGGGACACCUCUUCACCCUCUAUCGCUUGGCAACGUAGCCACGAUACGCCGCCUCCUGGACGAGCAGCCAGACAUGUUAGGCCACAUACAAAUCAUUGGCGUCGGCGGAGUGUGCGACUCUGGAGGUUACAGGCGCAUGCGGUCUGUUGGCGCCGCGGUGGUCGGUGUGGGAACCGGACUCGGCGUAAAGGGCGUCAAGGUGUUUGAGGACAUAGCCAAGGGAGUACAUGACAACUGGUGA